AUGGAGGUUUACAUACUUUUUUUCUUGAUCGCAACCAGUGCUGCGUUGCCGCUGGAGAAAGAAACCAUUGUGGAUGGAAGAAGUUAUAAUGUAGCUGAUUUAGUGCUGGAAGUGAACACAACAAUGCCAGAAUAUUCAAGCACCAAUUAUGAAGAUGAUCCAUUCUCUUCGUUCGUUGGAAAUGGAUGUCCAACAGGGAAGGUUAAGGUGCUAGGAGUGUGUGCGUAUGCGGACUAA